AUGAGUUCCGCAAAGAGAGCUGCCGUAACAGAGGCUCCAACCACUUUGGGCCCUCAAGCAAAGGGUGAACAUGUAUUCGGAGUGGCACACGUAUUCGCAUCAUUCAACGAUACAUUCAUCCAUAUCACUGAUUUAUCAGGAAGGGAAACUCUGGUCAGAGUGACAGGAGGAAUGAAAGUUAAGGCCGAUCGUGACGAAUCAAGCCCAUACGCAGCUAUGAUGGCAGCUCAAGACGCUGCAGCCAGAGCAAAAGAGCUCGGAAUCACAGCUGUGCACGUCAAACUUCGCGCGACUGGAGGAACAAGAUCGAAAACUCCCGGACCUGGGGCACAGUCAGCUUUAAGGUCUCUUGCACGUUCUGGUCUUAAAAUAGGAAGAAUUGAGGACGUAACUCCAAUUCCAACAGAUUCUACCAGAAGGAAGUGCGGUAGAAGAGGAAGAAGAUUGUAG